AUGCCUGCCGUAGGUGACCAGCACAAGCCGAACGGCAGCACGACGGCCAACCCGUUCGAAGAGCAACCGCCUCGCAUAGCGGAAUAUACUGCUCAAGAGAUCGCCACGCUGCAAAGUCGGCUGGACAAGCAGUUGGGACCAGAGUACAUCUCGUCACGAGCAGGACCAGGCGGCUCAAAGGUUCACUACCUUGCCGCCGACAAGGCCAUCAGUCUUGCCAACGAGGUUUUCGGCUUCAAUGGCUGGAGCAGCUCCAUUCAAAACAUCCAGAUCGAUUUCGUCGACGAGAACCCUCAAACAGGCAAGAUCUCACUGGGUCUCUCCGUCAUCGUCCGUGUGACACUGAAAGAUGGCGCACACCACGAAGACAUCGGCUACGGACAAAUUGAGAACUGUAAGGGAAAGGCGGCUGCGUUUGAGAAGGCUAAAAAGGAGGGUACCACGGACGCGUUGAAGAGGGCGCUGAGAAAUUUUGGGAACGUCCUGGGCAACUGCGUCUACGACAAGAGUUACUUGUCCAAAGUCACAAAAAUGAAGGUUGGAAGCACGAAAUGGGAUGAGGGGAUGCUACAUCGACACGCAGACUUCGCACCCAAAAAGGCGCCGGAAGAGAAAAAGCCAAACGUCUCUGCACUCGCGCAACAAGAUACACAAGAAUUCGAAGACAGUUUUGAACUGGCGGAUUUUGAAGAGCUUGAUUUUGAAGGUGUCGACGCAGGGCAUCCAGACGAGGUCGCAUUGCCUCCUGAACCAGCAGAUUCCACGAACAAGUCGAGUCACUCUUCGGACAGGACCCGCCCGCAAAUCAGAGCGGAUCAGACAACUACACCGUCCAGACCACCAGCCCUUGCAAAUCCUGAUCCUCGCAUGGCUCCCCCGAAGGCCGCUCAAACUCUUCCGACGACGAAUGUCAUACCUCAACCUUUACCUGGGCAGCGGCACCAAGGCUUAUCAGUCCCCUCUAUAAAACCCCCGGCAGGAGACUCUCGACUUCCCGGUGACGGUCUCUCUCGAGCAGCUUCUCCCAUGUCCGCCCAUCAUUUGCCUCCCCCGCAAGCCGGCCAAGGCAUUGGCUUUUACUCGGCUAAGGCUGCUGGUAAACUGGAUGAGAACAACAACGUGAUACCCGACGCAGCAGCACCAGCCUUCAACCCGCAUACCGAAAGUCCGUCGAUUCGCAAAACUGCUGGGGUCAACCACAACAGGUCUAUUCCCUUGAAACGAGACUUGACUCCCGACACCACCAUUCUACGGACGAAUGUCAUCAAUCCACAGUCAGACCCGAUGAGACGACUGGGCGCCCCGGGCCCUAGCGCACAGAUUGCGGGUUCCCGAGGGCCGAACACUUCUGCCUACCGACCUCCCACCAGACGCGGGCCUCUGGAAUCAGGCACCGGUCACGCAUUGAGCUCAGUUGACCCGGGCGGAGUUGACCGUGUCGUGCAGGCAGCAAGAAGAACACCGUUAGGAGAUGUGAGCAAUGUGCAGCAUCAUGUAACAUCAAUCACCGUGGACGGGGCCGAUGCUAAAAGACAGCGGGUAGCUGAUGUGGGUCAAACCGGCAUUGAAGAAGUGGUCACCAGUAAUCCAAGGAUGAGCGGAUGA